AUGAGUCAAGCAGCAGCAGGCAGCAGCAGGAUGACCAUGGUGUCCACAACACCCCGGAGCACAUUUGGGAAACUCAGUGGCAUCCCCAAACCCCAGUCUGGGACCUCUGAGACACGAAGCAGCUUCUUUGGUGCCCGGACCAGUGGAGCUAGCAUGCUGCGUAACAGCACCAUGUCGGGGUUCGGAGGAACCGAGAAGAUCAAAGAUACCAGACCUCUGCAUGAUAAAUCUUUUGUUCAGCAGUGUAUCAGGCAGCUGCAGGAGUUCCUGACAGAGCAGGGCUACCCAGGAACUUUGUCAUCCAAGACCCUCCAGUCUCCCUCCACCAAGGAGUUUGUCAAGAUGUUUGAGUUCAUUUAUCAGCAGCUAGACCCAACCUUUGAGAUGCCAAAGUCAAAAGUUGAGGAGGAGAUUCCAGCUCUCCUGAAAGCCUUGAGGUAUCCAUUUGUUCUCUCCAAGUCUUCCAUGUAUUCUGUCGGAGCUCCCCACACCUGGCCUCAAGCCUUGGCUGCUCUUAUUUGGCUAAUCGAUAGCGUCAAGAUCUACCGGAAUUUGAGUCGGCAGGAUCUGCUAUCCAGUGACUUCUGUAAAGAUGGUGGCAGCAUGGAGGAGGGAGCCGAGUAUAACAAGCUCUUCCUGGACCACACAGCUGAAACAUACUCCAAGUUCAUGCAGGGUCAGGAUACAUUUGAGGAGGAGGAUGAAGCUUUCCUUACUAAAUUGAAGACACUUUACAAUGUUGAUGAAGCCCUGCUGGCCUCGAUGGAGGAGAAGCACAGGAUGCUCAGUAAAGAGGUUGAACAGCUGGAGGAGGAGAGUCAGACCGACCGUCUAAUGUCCAAGAGAAUGGAAAAGGACAAGUUGCAGGCAGACCUGAAGAAACUCCAGAGUUAUCGAAGCAGCCUGGAGACUUUCCAAGCCAGUCUGGAGAAGAAAGCUUCAGAACUGGAAGAUGAGCUGGACACCACUGUCAGUCAUCUGGAAACUCUGAAACAUGAGAGGAAUGAAGUGCAACACCUCCUGCAGAAGCAGAAGUUUACUCCAGCUGAUCUAGAGAGGAUCACCAGAGAGAAGAGGGAACUCCAGCAGACCAUCUCCAGUCUCAGCAAGUCUCUGGAAGAUGCUGAACAGCACAAGUGGAAUGAAGAGAUGGCGUUUGCCAAAGUCAAAGAGAAGGCAGAGUUGAAACUGGCAGAGUACCACAAGCUGGCCCGUAAACUGAAGCUGAUCCCGCCGUUGGCAGAGAACGCCUGCUGUCAUGACUUUGAGAUCAGACCUUCUGAAUGUGGGCCUGGCAGCAUGGUUCAGCAGAAAACACAGGUACUAACUGCUCACGAUCAGAUGCUUCUGAGAAAGCUGAUCAGUGACGUGGAGGAGGAGAACAGUCAAUUAACCAACGCCAAACUCAGCCUGGAGGAGUCUUGUGAACAGGUUAAUUUCAACAUCACAGACAAGUCCAAUGAUGUGAAACGGCUGAGAGAGCAGAUGCGCAAACUGGAUGAACGGCUGGAUUCUGACAUGCAGGAAAGUGCUCGUGAGGAACAAGAGUGGGCCGCAGAGAUGGAGUCUGUGGAAAAUCACCGUAAACUUCUGGAAAAGAAAGUAAAUUAUGGAUAUGAUGAGGCUGUGCAACAACUGAAGGCGGCUCAACAAGAGUAUCACCUGGUGCUGCAGGAGACCAACGAGGAGAGGCGAACGGUAGCCAACAACCUGGUGUCUGUAUUUAGCACAGCUGCAGACCACCUGUCCAUCACAGAGAAGUCCCUGGAGGACCUGCACAGGAAAGUGCAGCAGAUCUGCUCGAAGUCUGUAGAAGAAGACAAGGCUGCUGUACAGAAGAUGCAGGAAGCCUUUAAGAGCUUCAAGUCUAAGGCCAGUGGUUUAUAAAGAGGCCGCAGGAUGGAACUGCUUUGAAGAACAUUGGAAAUGUGGAUUAUAUUUAUUUUCAGUUAAUAUAUGUACUGUAUGGCAUCAGAUCUUGCAUUGAUAUUUUAAGAUUGAAAUGAGAAUAAAGGUCAGAAUAAACAAAUGAAAAUUGGCUUUCUUUUUUCUAAAAUGAAACUAAAAACAGCUGAG